CUUUAAAAAUGAACUGUAGACUCAAUGCGGAAGGCGCGUGAGUGCUGGAACUUCAUCCGGGCACUUCAUCAAGGACCCGAAGCUGCUCCCGCUCCCCAGAAAGAUUCCGUGAAGCGAAUAUUUUCUGGCAUUCAGCCUACAGGAAUCCCCCACCUCGGCAAUUACCUGGGAGCCAUUGAGAGCUGGGUGAGAUUACAGGACGAGCAUGACUCCGUGCUGUACAGCAUCGUUGACCUGCAUUCCAUCACUGUCCCCCAAGACCCAGCCGUCCUCCGGCAGAGCACCUUGGACAUGACGGCUGCUCUUCUCGCCUGCGGCAUAAACCCAGAGAAGAGCAUCCUUUUCCAGCAAUCUCAGGUGUCUGAACACACACAAUUAAGUUGGAUCCUUACCUGCAUGGUCAGACUACCCCGAUUACAACAUUUACACCAGUGGAAGGCAAAGACUGCCAAGGAGAAGCAGAAUGGAACCAUGGGCCUGCUCACCUACCCAGUACUCCAGGCAGCUGACAUUCUGCUGUACAAGUCCACACACGUUCCUGUUGGGGAGGAUCAAGUCCAGCACAUGGAGCUAGUUCAGGAUCUAGCACAGGGGUUUAACAAGAAGUAUGGGGAGUUCUUCCCAGUGCCCAAGUCCAUUCUGACAUCAAUGAAGAAGGUAAAAUCCCUGCGUGAUCCGUCUGCCAAAAUGUCAAAAUCAGACCCUGAUAAACUGGCCACUGUCAGAAUAACAGACAGCCCGGAGGAGAUAGUGCAGAAGUUCCGCAAGGCUGUGACGGACUUCACCUCGGAGGUCACCUACGAGCCAGCCAGCCGAGGGGGCGUGUCCAACCUGGUGGCCAUCCACGCAGCAGUGACAGGGCUCCCUGUGGAGGAGGUGGUCUGCGGCAGUGCUGGCAUCGACACCGCUCGCUACAAGCUGGUGGUGGCAGAUGCUGUGAUUGAGAAAUUUGCUCCUAUUAAGAGUGAAAUUGAAAAACUGAAGAUGAACAAAGACCACUUAGAGAAGGUUUUACAAGUUGGGUCAGCAAAAGCCAAAGAAUUAGCAUAUCCCGUGUACCAGGAGGUGAAGAAAUUGGUGGGGUUUCUAUAGGAAGUUUCAACGAGUCACAAAAAGUCUUUUCUAUCUUGUGGUCCACGCACUCCUAUUAAGGCAGCUUUCCUCACAAGUGAACAAUUAUAGUUUGGGGACACACAAUUUGGUAUACCUGAUCAUUGGCUUCAUUUGAUGAAUAAUGAUUUGUAGCCUUCAAAUAGAGCAAUGUUCUAAAUCCCAUCAGCGAGGUUCUGUGG